CACACAAAAAUUUAUAAUUCUUAUCCUAAUUUUCAUGCAAUUAUUUCUCAUACUCACAUAAAGACUCUCUCCCUCACCUUUUUCAUUCCAUACUCUCUUUUUUUUAUUGUUACAACCAAAUAUAUCUAUAUUCUUAAACCAUAAAUAAAACCUAAAAAACCUUCAAAACCUCAACCUCAAUUAUUCUUCUUCAUGGCGAAAGAAAUUGAAAUCAAAUAUGAAGAAGAAUAUGUGUUGAAUUCUCGAGGAAUGAAACUAUUAGCAACGAAAUGGAUUCCUGCAAAUGAAAAUCCAAAAGCAUUGAUUUUCAUGUGUCAUGGAUAUGCCAUGGAAUGCAGCAUCACCAUGAACAGCACAGCAAGAAGACUUGUAAAAGGUGGAUAUGCAGUUUAUGGAAUAGAUUAUGAAGGACAUGGAAAAUCAGAUGGAUUAGCCGGUCUUGUUAUGAAUUUUGAUGAUGUCAUUGAUGAUUGUUUCAAUCAUUUCAGCAAAAUUUGUGAAAAGGGUGAGAAUAAGAAGAAGAUGAGAUAUUUGUUAGGAGAAUCAAUGGGAGGAGCUGUGGCUGUGCUUUUGCACUGGAAAAAGCCAGAAUAUUGGGAUGGUGCUAUUUUGUCAGCACCCAUGUGCAAGAUCGCAGAUGAUAUAAAACCUAAUACAUUGUUGGUUACUUUAUUAAGUGCACUAAGCAAACUCACUCCCACUUGGCAAAUAGUCCCAACUCAAGAUAUUGUUGAUAUUGCUUUUAAAGUUCCUGAAGUUAGAGAACAGAUCAGAGCUAAUAAAUAUUGCUUUAAAGGAAAACCACGUUUGAGAACAGGUUAUGAACUUAAUAGAGUUGCAACAGAAAUUGAAGAAAGAUUAAGUGAAGUUUCAUUGCCAUUUUUGAUUUUGCAUGGUGAAGCAGAUAGAGUAACUGAUGUAUCAGUGAGUAGACAGUUAUAUGAAGUGGCUUCAAGCUCUGAUAAGACAUUGAAAUUGUACCCUCAAAUGUGGCAUGGUUUGUUGUAUGGAGAGCCACCAGAGAAUUUGGAGAUUGUUUUUUCAGAUAUUUUUGGGUGGAUAGAGGAGAGAACUAAGUAUGGUAAUACAAGAAUUGAGAGAGAAUUGAAACAUGAAAAUGAAGAUUCUCCAAGAGAGAGUAACUCUUGUUAAUAAUUUUGGUUUGUUUCAUUUUAUUUUUGAUUAAUUUUUAUUGUAAUGAAACGGUUGUUAAAGUAAAGUUUGUUAGAUUUAAAUUCUUUAUCUUUUUAAAUAAAUUAUUUGUUGAAUUUUAA